UAUAAUCUUGAUGGAACCGGCUCACCAAAAUUCAAACUGUCAACAUCAGCUGAGAUUUAACUUUUUCGAUUAUGUGAGAGGUCAAAUUUGUGUGGUUUUCAUAACGAAAUUAAAAAUUGCAUACCAUGGAGCGAACAGAGUCAGCAUCGCAUCAAAUUGAACAGCAGCGUGAUGCUUUAAACUUUCAAUUCUCCCCGGAGGAGUUGAAGGUACUCCAGGAGUGUAACCGGGAAGCAUUUUUCCAACGUUCAAUACCGCUGGGUACAUGUUUUGGAUUAGGAACUUACUACGCAAUUCAAAGAGGAUUUUUUAAGCCAAGUCCGCGGUUUGGAGCCGGACCCAAGGUAUUCGUCGGUAUUACGUUGGGUUAUUUCAUCGGCAAGCUGAGCUACCAAGGUCGAUGUUCCGAGAAAAUAAUGCGCAUUCCGAACUCCCGGCUAGCCGAUAUGAUUCGUCAAAGGCGCCAGGGAGGCUCUGCUGGGAUUGAGAGAUUAUACCCCGAUCAAGGGUUUGGUGCUGGGAGCAUGUUGUCUCCAUUCGGACCGGCCACACCAAGCGACAGCGUAACCGAACAGCAUUUCCGUAAUCGCGAUUCGAUUAACAUCGACGUCCAUACCCCGAACUAUUCUGGACUCGAUGAAAGUGCACGGCCGUCAAUUGACUCGAAUCGAGCCUUCGAGGAAGACCUGCAACUACCGGUUGAUCCACCACCGGUAACAAAAUCAUACGAAGAGCUGCGUCGACAGAACCGAGAGGAUUACGUCCGCCGUCAGCAGGCACCAUAUCGUCCGUCGACGACGCUGGAAGACACACCGCCGAUCAGACGGGAAGUGCACCCUCCACCAAAAGUGGAUGAGCAUCCGCCGCAACAACCUCAGGUGCGGAACAAAUACGGUGAUGUUUACCAGGAGUAAGUUUUUGCAUUACUGGACCAAACGUUACACAUUGCGCGCAAUCGUACAGUUCCAGCAAUUGGAACCUUAUAAAUGUACUGCAUUAUAGUUUUUGGAAAGUUUAAAA